AUGCCCUCCGGGCUAAAGGGCAGCUGGGAGGGGGGCUGGACGAGGUUUAUAACUGCUGUAUCGUGUGUGUGUGUUUGUUUUCCAGGAACCACGCUCAAUCUGCUAAAAUUUCCAAUUAUUAACCCUACGUGUGACAGGAUAUUUCGAAGGCAGGAGCGACUGAAAGCAGAGGCAGAAAAAACAGAAGACCAGCUAAGUAAUGAAGAAAAAAAGUACCUUAAUCAUCUUAAAAAGGAGGGUUACUUAGUGGGAAGAGUGGGAAGAACGUUCCAACAGCAGAAGCCUAGCCCUGUGGUUGACUUUGACCCCGACAUGCUCUCGUACAGCGUAGACGAAGAUCCCGGCUAUUCCCCUCAGAAGCACAAGAUAAAGGAAGAGUUCACGUACAACGAAGUGAAGGAUGCUCGCUGGUGUUUUGACACGCCAGGGAUUGUAAAGGAAAACUGCGUUUUAAAUCUCCUGACAGAGAAGGAAGUAAAGCUGGUUUUGCCAACGCAUGCCAUCGUUCCACGGACCUUCAUCCUCAAGCCAGAAAUGGUCUUGUUUCUAGCAGCUUUGGGACGUAUAGACUAUUUACAGGGAGAAAAACCUGCCUGGUUUUCUGUCGUGGCUUCUAAUCUGUUGCCUGUCCAUGUUACUGCCAUGUGUAAAGCGGAUGCCAUCUAUGAGAAGCAUGCUGGCAAGGAGUUACUGAAGGUUCCUAUGGGUGGCGAAGAGCGAAUGAAGGAGUUCCCCCCGCUUAUCCCUCAGGACAUUACCCUGGAAGGAAUUGGUACCACUGAGGCAGUUGCGGACAUCAAGCUUUCCUCUGCAGGCUGGGUGGCAGUGACAGCUCAUGCGCAAGAGAAACUGCUGCUGCGAGCCUACACUCCUGAGGGUACUGCGUUGGUGGUGCGGGAGCCUCCCCUUUUGCCGUACAUCUGUAACAUCAGAGGUGCCCGAAUCGGAGGCACUGCUGCCUAUAGGACCAAAAAGCCUCCUUCCCUGGUGGAAAACCUGAAAACUACAGGGAGCGGAUAGCAACCAAAGUCUGUGCCCUUUGCUGUCUGAGAGAAGCAGAAGAUGGAAAAGCCUCUGGAGAACCUCCUUGCUUAUUGGUGUUCAGGAGGGCUUGGACUGCUUUUAAAACGCAGACAGGCACGUUUUGGAGAGCAGACCUGGGGGGGGGAAGUAGAGCAUCUGAUUCAGGACUCACUCCACAAGCCUUGGUCCGAAUACUGAACUGCAGCCAUUUCAGAUGAGCAAGGUGGCUGGGUACCUUGUGGGAGGUGAAAUGUAGCUUCUCCCUGAGACCAGCCAGUGUCAAAGGGUUCCCCUUCCCCCCUCCCUCUUGAAAUAUAGGAUGGGAACUCAGUCGCCUGCCCUGGGCUGCCUCUGUGCUUGUAGAGUAAGACUUGGCAGACCUGCUUGCUCUCUGCUAAUUAGAAACCGUGGCUCUUGGAAGCCUUAUGGUGUUCCCAAAGUUAAUGGAGGUGGAAGGCGUCAGCCUACUGGUUGACAGUAAUUCAACAGUUGACAUCUGCCAAGGCUCUUUUUAUACCGACCAGAAAUUAGGUCCUUUUAGUCCUUCAACAUCUGGGGCAGACAAGGGAGUACAGCGCCUUGCUUUUAGAGAUGGGAAAGGUGAACUAACUAAAGCAGGGCUGCUCAUGUGUAUGGAGAGGAAGCUUCUGCAACUCACUGCUUGGGUUCGAUCUCUUAGCUUGUGUAAAGAUUUCUGAAACUGUGGGUAUAUAAUACAACCUUUUGAAGAUGCUUA